CGGCUUAUUAUCUUGGCUUUUGUUGAAUAUUGAAAGAAAUUUAUGCUACAUCAAAAAAUCAUCAUCAUUCAAUCUGAUUACCAUUGAACACAAGAUUUACAUGAAUAUGAUGGCCAUGAAUAAGAUGUUUUCAUUCAUGAGGCUAGCCUCAUCAUCAUCAUCAUCAUUAUUAUCAUUGACGAAUCUGAAUUUUUUUGACCAUCAUAAUAUCGCACAUCUACUACUACCAUCAUCAUCAUCAUCAUAAAUGCCAAUGAUGAUAAUCCAGAUUCUAUAAACAUAUUCUGUUGACCAAGAUAAUGAUUUUUUUUUUGUUUUGUUUUUGUUUGGUUUGCCAACAAUUAUAAACAUUUUCAAUGAUGUGAUGAUAAAACUAUGGCUUUAAUAAAAUGUUGGUUACGUCAAACUAUUAUCAUAUUAUGACGACUACGACGACUACAAACACCGGAUUUAAGAAAUAUGAUACGAUACGAGGCAAACAUUUUCUGAUAUAUAAAUAUGAUAAACGAAAAGCUUAUCAAUUUAUUUUAUGAUAAAAAAAAUAAUCAUUGUUUUUUUUUGACAAAAAGAAAUUUUCUUUAUAUUUUUUUUCGUUGAUUUUUCGUUAUAAAUUUCCAUCAAAUUAUUGCCAUUAUAUUUUUUUUUUUCAAUCAAUGAGCUCAUCAUCAUCAUCGUCGUAGUCGUCAGCUUUUCAUCUUUCGUCAAUCAAAUUUGUUCUUCUCGUCAUCAUUGCUGCAUAUCAUCGCCGAAUUUUUAAUUCAUUAAUUUUCUUCCAUUGUCAAUCAAACUAUGGUCAUGAAUUUAUGAAUUUUUUCGUUCAACUCUUUUUUCAGCUUCGUAUUUUGAUCAAAAACAACAAAUACGUCAUCAACUUUUUUUUCAAUAUUUAUGAUGAUGAUGAUGAUUAUCAUUAUUGUUGGAAAAACAAAAACCGAAUUACAGUAAAGAAUAUAGUAAACAAAAACUUCCAAAGAAAAAAAAAGAAUUCGAAAUCAACAAAACCAAAACCAUCAUCCCAUUCGCCACAAUAACAAUGGAAUCAUCAAAGGCAGCUACAGCCAAUUCGAAUGGUGAACAUUGUAUUAUACAACGGCCAUCAUCCGAAUCAUUAUCAUCAAAUCCAUCGAAGAUUAAUGAUCAUAAAAUGAUUAUUACAAUACCCGAUGGUGCUGAACAAUUACCCUUUCAGAUUGCUGGCCAUUGUUUUGGUAAAAGUAAACAUAAAUGGGGUAUAUUGAAACAUUCCCAAUCUGGUGAUAUAUUGAAACCUAUUUUUGAUAAAAGAAGUCAUCGUGAACAAUUAUUCUAUGAGAAUAUAAUCAAUGAUGAUGAUAAUGAUAAAGACAAUGGCUGCUUGAAAAUAUUACAAAAAUUGGUGCCUCAUUACAAUGGUUUAUUCCAUGAUGAUCAUAUGAAUAUUGAUUAUAUCCGUCUAGAAGAUAUUACUGCCCAUAUGAUAAAUAUUUCAUUAUUAGAUGUUAAAAUUGGCUAUAUUACUUAUGAUCCUGAAGCAAGUGAAGAAAAACGUCGUGCUGAAAUGAGUAAAUAUAAAUAUGCAAAAGAUCUUGGAUUUCGAAUAUUAGGAAUGAGAUAUUUCGAUAGUACAACCAAUGAAUUUGUUGAUAAAAAUCGUGAAUAUGGACUGCAGAUAACACCGGAUAAUGCUUCCAGUGCAUUUUUAUUAUUUGCUCAAAAUGAUCCCAAUAUAUUACAACAAUUUGAUAAUCAAUUGUCCGAAAUUGAACAUUGGUUCACAAAGCAUAAUAUACGACGAUGGAAAUUUCUAUCAUCAUCCAUAUUGUUUGCUUGUGGUGAAAAAACAAUCAACACCAACAUCAAUAAUGAUGAUGGCCAUAAUAAUAAUAAACGUAAAACAAUUGUCAAAAUGAUUGAUUUUGCACACGUGUUUCCAAAUGAUGACCAAGAAUUGGAUGAAAACUAUUUAUUCGGCCUAGGUAAAUUACGUUUUCAUAUAACAGAUGCGAUAAAGAUUUGUGAACAACAACAACAACAACAAUCUAAAUAAAUGAAAUAAU